CCUAAUAUGUCAUUAUUCCUAGUGACAGUGGUUUUCUUCUUUUCUUUCGUGUCUGGAAAAGACCGUCCUGGUGAAUGUUUUAAAUACGACUGGAAUAAAGCUUUACAGACCAAUGAACGUGUAAAUUAUUGCUGUGAUGAUUACGAAAACAGAAAUGGAACUUGUAUUGAGUGUGGAAAAGGUUAUACUUCUACAGACGGAAGCCAAUGUCAGCAAUGUCAUACACAAACGUUUGGAAAAAAGUGUCUCCAGUCUUGUCAAUGUACUGAAAAUCAGAGGUGUCACCAUAUUGAGGGGUGCGUAAAUUAUCAACAAUCAACAACUUCUCAAAUGACAACAGAAGGUAUGUUGGAAAUAUUGCUCUUUUUUUUAUUACUUCAAUUUCUGUUCAAUCAUUUCACGUCUGUUACGCUGAUGACUAAAAUGUACGAUGGGGAAACAGAAAGAGACGGAGGAAUGAAAGAAGACGACAAUGACCAAAAUAAUUGUAAUGAAUACAAUACUUGA